CCCCUACCCCCACCCCGAGUGAGGAGCUAGAGAUCAAAAGAUGAGGCAGUCAGGGCUUUAGUAGUAAACAGACAAAAAAGGAAACGAGAAAGUAAAAAUAAAAACAGAAAAUAACCCAGUUCCUAUUUGCACCUGCUUUAGUGGACACUGAGUUUGGAAGGCGGAGGAUUCCUCCCUUAUUUUCCACUUUGAUUUGAGCAGUUUUGGAAUCCACCCUUCAAGUAUUUGGGAAUAGACUGUGAACCGUGCAGGGACCGUGUCCAGCGCGUGUCUUCCUCUGCAUGAGACUUUGAGGCUGUCAGAGUGCUUCUUGCGUGGUUGCUCCUACAAGUUUCUUUCCCUGGAGCUUCCCGCAGGUAGGUUGCUAACAGCAGCUUCUACCGCAUCGUCACUGCCUGUUGAAAUAUUCUAAGAAAAAGGGAGACAGAGUAAGGAAAUUAGGUGGACGAUUUAGCCAGGCUCAAGGAUGGAGGUGCAGUUUGGGCUGGGGAGGGUCUACCCCCGGCCACCGUCCAAGACCUAUCGAGGAGCUUUCCAGAAUCUGUUCCAGAGCGUGCGCGAAGUGAUCCAGAACCCGGUCCCCCGGCACCCUGAAGCUGCGAGCAUAGCACCUCCCUGCGCUCCUUUACAGCAGCAGCAGCAGGAAACCAGCCCCCGGCAGCAGCGGGGUAACGAUGACUCGCCCCAAGCUCCGAGCAGAGGACCCACAGGCUACCUGGCCCUGGAUGAGGAACAGCAGCUUUCACAACAGCAGUCAGCUCCCGAGGGUCACCCGGAAAGCAGCUGUGUCCCAGAGCCUGGGUCCGCCGAGGCCGCUGGCAAGGGGCUGCCUCAGCAACCACCAGCACCUCCAGACGAGGAUGACUCAGCUGCCCCAUCUACGUUGUCCUUGCUGGGUCCCACUUUCCCAAGCUUAAGCAGCUGUUCCGCCGACCUUAAAGACAUCCUGAGCGAGACUGGCACCAUGCAACUCCUUCAGCAGCAGCCGCCGCCGCCACUGCCUCCGGCGCCGCCACUGCCUCCGUCACAACAGCCUCAGCUGCAGCAGCAGCAUCAGGAGGCAGUAUCCGAAAGCAGCAGCAGUGGGAGAGUGAGGGAGGCCUCUGGGGCUCUCACUUCGUCAAAGGACAGUUACCUUGGGGGCACUUCAACCAUCUCUGACAACGCCAAGGAGUUGUGUAAGGCAGUGUCGGUGUCCAUGGGCUUGGGUGUGGAGGCAUUGGAGCAUCUCAGUCCUGGGGAACAGCUUCGGGGAGAUUGCAUGUAUGCCCCGCUCCUGGGAGGCCCACCCGCUGUGCGUCCCACGGCUGGUGCCCCACUGGCCGAAUGCAAAGGUUCUCUGCUAGACAACAGCCCAGGAAAGGUCACUGAAGAGACUGCUGAGUAUUCCCCUUUCAAAGGAGGUUAUGCCAAAGGGCUAGACAGUGAGAGCUUGGGCUGCUCUGGAAGCGGAGAAGCAGGGAGCUCUGGGACACUUGGACUGCCGUCCACCUUAUCUCUCUACAAGUCCGGACCACUGGAAGAGGGAGCUGCAUACCAGAGUCGAGACUACUACAACUUUCCCCUGGCUCUGGCCGGGCCACCUCCCCCACUGCCACCUCCUCAUCCUCAUGCCAGAAUCAAGCUGGAGAACCCACUGGACUAUGGUAGCUCCUGGGUGUCGGCAACCCAAUGCCGCUAUGGGGACCUGGGGAGCCUGCACGGUGGGGGUGCAGCCUCUGGACCCAGCUCCAGUUCCCCCUCAGCCACUGUUUCCUCUUCCUGGCAUACACUCUUCACAACUGAAGAAGGCCAACUGUAUGGACCCUGUGGUGGGGUUGGAGGCAGUGGCUCAGGUGAGGCUGGGGCUGUAGCCCCCUAUGGCUAUGCUAGGCCACCUCAGGGGUUAACUGGCCAGGAAGGUGACUUCCCCACACCAGAUGUUUGGUAUCCCAGUGGUGGCAACAUGGUGAACAGAAUGCCCUAUCCUGGUCCCAGUUGUGUCAAAAGCGAGAUGGGCCCCUGGAUGGAGAACUACUCCGGACCUUAUGGAGAUUCACGUUUGGAGACUACCAGGGACCACGUUUUGCCCAUCGACUAUUACUUCCCGCCCCAGAAGACUUGCCUGAUCUGUGGGGAUGAAGCUUCUGGGUGUCACUAUGGCGCGCUCACUUGUGGAAGCUGCAAAGUCUUCUUCAAAAGAGCUGCUGAAGGGAAACAGAAGUACCUGUGUGCCAGCAGAAAUGAUUGUACCAUCGAUAAAUUCCGAAGGAAGAAUUGUCCAUCUUGUCGUCUUCGGAAGUGCUAUGAAGCAGGGAUGACUCUGGGAGCCCGGAAGUUGAAGAAACUUGGUAAUCUGAAACUACAAGAGGAAGGGGAGGCUUCCAGUGCCACCAGCCCCACUGAGGAGUCAACCCAGAAGCUUAUGGUGUCACACAUUGAAGGCUAUGAGUGUCAGCCCAUCUUCCUGAAUGUCCUGGAAGCCAUUGAGCCAGGCGUGGUGUGUGCUGGACAUGACAACAACCAGCCUGACUCCUUUGCAGCCUUGCUCUCUAGCCUCAAUGAAUUGGGGGAGAGGCAGCUUGUACAUGUGGUCAAGUGGGCAAAGGCCUUACCUGGCUUCCGCAACUUGCACGUGGAUGACCAGAUGGCAGUCAUUCAGUACUCCUGGAUGGGGCUCAUGGUGUUUGCCAUGGGCUGGCGGUCCUUCACCAAUGUCAAUUCCAGGAUGCUCUACUUUGCCCCUGACCUGGUUUUCAAUGAGUAUCGCAUGCACAAGUCCCGGAUGUACAGCCAGUGUGUCCGAAUGAGGCACCUCUCUCAAGAGUUUGGAUGGCUCCAAAUCACCCCUCAGGAAUUCCUGUGCAUGAAAGCCUUGCUACUCUUCAGCAUUAUUCCAGUGGAUGGGCUGAAAAAUCAAAAAUUCUUUGAUGAACUUCGAAUGAACUACAUCAAGGAACUUGAUCGUAUCAUUGCAUGCAAAAGAAAAAAUCCCACAUCCUGCUCAAGGCGCUUUUACCAGCUCACCAAGCUCCUGGACUCUGUGCAGCCUAUUGCACGAGAGCUACAUCAGUUCACUUUUGACCUGCUAAUCAAGUCCCACAUGGUGAGCGUGGACUUUCCAGAAAUGAUGGCAGAGAUCAUCUCUGUGCAAGUGCCCAAGAUCCUUUCUGGGAAAGUCAAACACAUCUAUUUCCACACACAGUGAAGCUUUGGAAGCCCAAUGUUCCCACCAUAUCCCACUCCCCUUUUCAGAUGUCUUCUGCCUGUUAUAACUCUGCACUACUUCUCUGCAGUGCCUUGGGGAAUUUCCUCUACUGAUGUACAUCUGUCAUGAACAUGUUCCUGAAGUCUAUUUACUGGGAUUUUUUUCUUUCUCCCUCUUUUUUGUUUUCCUUCUUACCUCCCUAUCUGACCUUCCCACCAUGGCACCGUCAGACUCUGCUCCCUGUCAUGACUCCUAUCUGUGCUUUGAA